CGCUGUGAUGUCACAAAAAAGAGCAUGACGGGUGGGGUGCAUGCGUUGUUUAUGACAUCGUGAGAGCAUCGGCGGGUCAGUGCGUGCGUGCGUUUGCAUGAUGCUGUGACAUCAGGUGUACGCAUGAGAGGUGCUGUGACGUGAUGACAGCAUGGCGGGUCAGAGGAGGCGUACGCAUGCGCUGGUCUCUCAAAGUGGUGCACCUCAGUCACAGGCCUCAGUAGAGGUCCAUGCAGCACAGAGAAAGCAGUACCUUGCCCACUCUGCUCACUGGAAUGACCUAUACCCUACCUGUAUCUCAGUUAUACAAUAAAUUAUAUAAAAUACAGGUAAAGGUAGUCCAAGUUGUUCCAGGGAAGGCUGCGGAUACUGUAAAGUUUUACGAUGGAUCAGGAGAAUGUAGUAUCAUGGAGGGAGACAGUGAGACCUCCUGUGGUAGCAGCUGUGUUGUCUCCCUUGCUGCUGCUGGCCGACCUCGCACUUAUUGCUGUCUUCAUCUUGCGACAGAACUGGAACGCUGUCAUUCUCUUGUCUGUGGUGUUCUUCUGUGGGACUCAGGCCAUAUACUGGUACUUCAGAACAAAGAGCAUCUUAACCAACCGUCAACAGGUCCCGCAAGUUACUGAGGUGCUGAGACUUGCUCCACCUGUAUUGCAACUGUACUGCAUCCGUUCCGAUCUAUUUUGCUCUACGUCGAGCUGAGACGAAACUGUGUCGACCUUUGUUGCACCUGGUUCACCUCCGAGUGUCGUGUCUGCUCCACAGAGUCACUCUCCCAGUCCACAUACCACCUCAGUCCCCCGCCAUGGAUGCUGCCAGCACAUCAGUGAUAAAUUCUGUAUGAAGGAGAAGGGACAUCAAUGUGAUGGUGCUGUCAUCAGGAAGUAUCACGACAACGUGAUCAGCAAAAAGCUUUUAUCACUGUUGCGGACCACAUUUAUUCUUGCAAGUUGAGUGAUAGCUGCCAGACUUGUCAAAGAUGGUGAUGUUGCCAUGGCUGACGUUACCACUGAUUCUGAAAGUGUUUCCUUAGUCUGGACACCACUGGAGUUGCUCCCCCUCCCCCACACUAGUGACCUCUGCUCAAUCCAGUGGUGAGUUCUGUCAGACAUGUGACUCACAGAGAGUCUCCGAGAAUCCAUUACUAAAUUAUAACAGUAAUAAUAACUA